AUGGCAUUACAUAUUGUAAAAACCUACUUGUCAGACUCUUCUCCAUUAGAAUUGAACAUGCCAAAAGUCACUCAACGAGGACAAGAAAUUUUGCAAGCCAUGGAAGAGCAUGAAAAUGAUUCGCAUGUAUUCGAUUCGAUUCGAGAACAUUGUUUAAUGGAUAUGAAAGAUGUGUUUGAAAGACUAAAAUCGAGCAAUAAGGAAAUUUCAAAACUCAUUGAAUCUUGGAAGUAG